CACUUCAUUUUCCUCACGAAUCAGACGUUCUCCUGAGCGAUACUGGAGCUUCGUCUUUUGGUUUUCCUUCUCUGCUGUGGCUCUUGAAAUGGACCUGUAUACAAGGAGAAGGUGUAUUGGGUAUGGAGCCUCUGGAGAAAUUUAUAGUGGCUUCCACUCUGACACCCACGAGCCAGUUCUACUGAGAGAGGUGCGACUUCAUGGUGAAAGGGAUGGUAUUCCCACCAAUCUUAUCAGAGAAAUCUCAUUUCUGCAAGAGAUAGAGCACCAGAACAUCCUCAGGUUACUAGAUGUGACAAACUUUGACACUGAGAAUGGCAUUCUCCUCGUGUAUGAGUGUCUGGGCAGGGAGUUGCAGAACAUAUCAUUUGUUUCUGAGAUAGGCAUUGAUCCUGACUCCGUUAAAAAAUAUCUCCAACAGAUCCUCCUUGCACUUGCGUUUUUACAUUCUCAUAAGACUGUGCACCACGACUUGAGACCAGAGAAUGUGUUUGUAGAUAUUGACACAAAGCAUUUGAAGGUUGCAGACCUUGCUCUGUGCAGAGCAUUGGGGAGUUCAUUUGAGGAAGAUCUUUCUAAGCCAACAAGUAUUAGGUUCAUGGCUCCUGAACUAUUCAUGGGCUCCACUGACUACUCCUAUGAAAUUGAUAUAUGGUCAGCUGGCUGCAUAUUUGCUCUGAUGUUGACAGGGACGCCUUUAUUCGACGGUCCUACAGUACUUCAUAUUUUGGCCAAGGCUUUCAGAUACCUGGGAACUCCCACUGAAGAAAUGUGGCCUGGAAUCACUGGGAUGUAUCCGAUGCUCCCCUAUCAUAAAAACUCCGAUGGCAAGGAGCUGAGAGAAAUGUUUCCUGAUCUUGAACCAGAAGGAUUCGACCUUCUUUUGAAAAUGCUCUGUCUGGCUCCAGGGAGAAGAAUCACCGCAAAAGCUGCUCUAAAGCAUCCCUACUUCGACCCAUGAAAAUGACUAGAGAUGUACUUUCCAACCAACAGAUGGAUCAUAGAUCACACAUUGAAAUGGUUGAGGUGGUGAGUAAACCUACAUAAAAACAAUGGUGCUUGUUACUCUUAUCAAGUGUGAGAGGUAGGUAGGCCAGCUGAGCAGGAACACAUAAUCUGCUUAGGUUGUUCAUACUGACAUUUCAUGAACCAUUGGGCUCCCUUUACAGUCCACUUCGUACUUGGUACUGGAAUGAAAAUUCUGUCGGUGCAUGCUUUCCAGUUGUGAUGUUAACUGUUUGUUUGACAAAUUCUUUACAGGACUGAAGAGGACAAAUACUUACC